AAAACACACCAGCCAAAUAGCCCGCCAUUUUCGAUCUCUUCCCGCCUUAUCGAGAUGGCUGACGCUAACGAGCACGCUGAGACCACACCGGCGCCCGCAGCUGCCGUUCCUGCCACCGCAGUCGACGCUGUGGCCGCCAAUGAUGCGGCGCUCCAGGAGAAGCUUAUCAAUGAGGAGUACAAGAUCUGGAAGAAGAACACGCCGUUCCUGUACGACUUAGUGAUGACGCACGCACUUGAGUGGCCUUCGCUCAGUGUGCAGUGGCUACCCAACUCCCACACCUCGGCUGGCGACGAUUUCUCUGUGCACAAGUUGCUUCUCGGCACGCACACGUCUGGAGCAGAGCAGAACCACUUGAUGGUAGCAGAGGUCCGUCUGCCUCUGGAGGACACGGAGAUUGACGCCCGCAAGUACGAUGAGGAAAGCCAGGAGCUCGGCGGCUUUGGUGGCGUCUCGGGCAAGGUAGAUAUCAAGAUCCGCAUCAACCACGACGGCGAGGUGAACCGUGCGCGGUACAUGCCGUCGGAUGAGCUAAUUGUGGCCACCAAGACUCCCCAUGCGGAGGUGCACGUGUUCGAUAUCUCGAAGCGGCCAUCUCAGCCAGAGGAGAACUCCGGCUGCAACCCGGACUUCCGCCUUCUUGGUCACACCAAGGAGGGCUACGGUCUCUGCUGGGACCCGCACCAACCUUUCCACCUGAUCUCCGGCUCAGACGAUGCCAUCAUCUGCGAGUGGGACCUCCGCAACGCUGGCAAGUCGGUACAGCCGCUGCACAAGUAUAGCGGGCACAGUGAUGUCAUUGAGGACGUGGCAUGGCACAUGCACCACACGAAGAUCUUCGGUUCCGUCGGUGAUGACAAGAAGCUUCUCAUCUGGGAUAUGCGCUCGGAGAGUUACGACAAGCCGGCAACGACUGUGUAUGCCCACACUGCUGAGGUCAACUGCUUGGCCUUCAGUCCGUUUAGCGAGUAUUUGGUAGCUACUGGUUCAGCAGACAAGCACGUGAACCUUUGGGAUAUGCGUAACAUGAAGGCGAAACUGCACUCGUUUGAAGGCCACAACGAUGAAGUGUACCAGAUCCAGUGGUCUCCUCACAACGAGACUAUCCUGGGCUCCUGCUCUGCUGACCGCCGUCUACACGUGUGGGACCUCAGCAAGGUACGCUGUAGCUACUUGAUCAUCCGUGGCCAGGAUUAUUGAUUUGUGUAAUGUGUGUUUUAAACAGAUUGGUGACGAACAAUCGCCCGAAGACGCCGAGGACGGACCUCCGGAGCUGCUGUUCAUUCACGGCGGCCACACUUCCAAGAUUUCCGACUUUUCGUGGAACCCGAACGACGCGUGGGUGGUGGCCUCGGUGGCCGAGGACAACGUCCUGCAGAUCUGGCAGAUGGCGGAGAACAUUUACAACGAGGAAGACGAGGAGACCGAACAAGCGGAAGUUGCCGACGAAGACCUCGAAUAAGCCAAUUAUUGCCAACUCUAUUUGGUGCAAUGAUGAGGUUAGUCUAAUUUGAAUGUACUAGACCCAAAAGUUUGUUCACCCGCGUUUGCAAAGACAAAAAAGCAAUACUAGAGCGGCAAACAAUUGCAUCCUGGAGUUCCCCUCAAAAUUGCC